UUAUGUGUCUAGUCGAUCAAAGUUGCCAAAGCUGGCUCGGUCGGGUAGUUUAGGAGCUCAAUAUUCGGUUUCUCACAGCCACCGCAGCACAGCUUAAAACCUCAUGAAAACUUACCUAUUAUACUCUCCUUAUUCGACGACUACUCGCUCGAGUCGUGCUGAUAGUCAGUCAAGUCUGUCAGUCAGUACAGUGUGAAGUGGGUAGCAGAAUUUGAUACUAAAUUUGUCUAGUUGUUAGUUGGCUGGCAGCACCGUGACGGAACUGUUAUUUGUUUUAAAGUGCAACAUUUAGGUUUUCGGGUGAUAAGCAAAGCAAGAAGUGUGUUCAUUUUGUUUAAACUAAUUACGGCGAGCAGUCAAUGCUAAUGGUGAACGUCGCAGGGCUGAAGGAGAAAAUGCUUCGGUUCCAAAUACCGACCGAACUGAAGGACGAUCUUGUGUACUGUCAGCGAUCCCUGCGUCAUUUCGUUAAAGUGCACCAGCUGUUGGCCGCAAAAUUAUCCAAUGGAUUGAAUCAGAGUCAGACUAAUAAGCUGAAAGGUUACCUGCGUGAACUGGAAGCGGAAAUAGUUGAAAUUGGCAACGAGCAGCGACCGCUGGUUAAGGAACUGGACCUGUCAAUUCGAAGUUAUCUAAAGCAGCUGGCCACUUCGGAGCUGCUGGAGGACGACUGGGAAAUUGCGUACGGGUACGUAACCCGGGCACUGUCCGUGCACUAUGAGAUGUCCUUCAACACCAAGUACACGCCCCGGAAUGUCACCGAACGGCUGAACGAAGCCCAGCUGGUGCAUAAGUAUGAGCUCGCCUCCUUCGACGAUCCACGGCCAAAGAAGGAAAAGGAUGAGUCUCGUAGCAGCACCAGUUCCUCGAUCUCGCCAACCACGAUCUACCAGAACAAUCAGAAGCAGAUCUCUUUGCUGAAACCGAAAGAGGAACGCGUCGCUUCGCGAAGCUCUUCCAGUGCCACCCAGCCACCCUUCAGCAAUAUUACGUUCUCCAACGCCAAAAGUCUCGUCAAUGAGGCCGCCCUCAAUCAGAUAACCCCGGAAUUGAUCGUCGUACCGAAGAAACUAAUCCGCGCGUUACCGCCCCCACUUUCGGAAGCGCUGCCACGUCCGAUCGCCACUAAAGCACCCCCAAAAGAGCUACAAAUCAAGUCUGAAACCGACUACGAACCUCAGGAACUGCCGGCAACGGUAGCCAUCGAAAAAAGUCGCCUUAAUUUGCGGCAGGCGUUGAACAAGGCAAAAAACAGCAGCCUGAGCAUGAGCCAACCGGCCGAAGCCUCGAAACCUACUGCCAUGGUAUUCACACGCCAGACAAAAGCCAUCACUAAGACCAAGAGUGAUCCACUGCCGAGCAAGCGUCUCUCCGUCGGUGGCUCAUCGGAUUCAUCGCCAAACUCUCGCUCUUCCACUCCAAUUUCCGCUAAGGCUUCCGAUGAUUCCGUUGAUCGUGCUCCCAAUCCGAUCGAAGAAUAUAUCGAACCCCAGCCAAAUGACAUCUACGAGCUGGAACAGCCGGUAUUCCUAAAGUUUUUCGGACUCUUGACACUGGAGGAAAGCAAAGCACUUGCCACAAGAAAAACCGAGCGUAAACGACGCAGCUGCAACAGCACGGAACGGAAGGAUUUUCAUUACGGUAAGAUCGACUAUUACGAGCAGCAGAUGCACCACAUUACCCGUCGGAGAAACAAACGCCCCAUCCUGUAUUCCCCUCCGGCAACUCGUGGGGUGAAAAAACGAGAGCAUUUCGAAAAUAUAGCGUCCAGCACCGGUGCUGGUACCAUCCGUUCCGGUUCCGGAUCGUCAGGGUCAUCGUCGGCUUCCUCAACAACAGCGGCACCAGCAUCGACAGCUCGAGUCGGCGACAAGCUUGUAUUAACCGAGCUCGAGAAUAAAAUCUGCAUUGUUUGUAGUAAAUCAGGUUCUUCUGACACUCUCAGUGCCUGUGUGUACUGUUGUAACAUUUAUCAUCUGCGCUGCCACAGUAACAGCAUUUUCAACCCGCAGCUACUGCGCCAGAGGGACAACAUAUGUCCGGUAUGCCUCCAGAAGAAACAACAAGCGACCGUUGCUCAGCAGAACCAACAGCGGGACCAAGUACUUCGCAAACGUCUGCUACGACGCAACGCUCUGCAGAGGGCACGCAACGAUCAGCUCCAGCAGAGGAAACAAACCAUGGAAGAAUUGUACCAGUUGAAACAAACGGCGCGACAGCGGUUGGUGGACCAGGAAAAGCAAACGCUGGAUCAGAUUUCCAGCUUGCUGAACUGCUUAAGUUCCUUAAGGCAUCAUGAACAAUAGAAUAGAAAAGCACACCACAUGAUGUGGUGCGAUUUAGCGCAACUCAAGUACAACGCUACGGCACCGAUCUUCCACAUACUUUUUUUAUUGCACAUUUAUUUUUUUCUGCAUUAUUAUACAUUGUUAGUUGUAUUAGUUCUAUAUUUAUUCAUUAUCAUUAACUGUUCAUUGAACAACCCGCCGGCUCUGGCAUGCGGAAGUGGUUCUUUCGCUGAAAUUAUUACUCCAUGCGAAAUUUGAAAUGUCGGUAAUUGUGUCAGGACAAUUUAUGCAAAUAUAUACUACGAACAUGUGU